CUAAACACAAUAAUUAGUAGCUGAGUCGCCGCGCCGGCCCUUCCCCGUCUAACCUGUUUAGCUUCAAGGCAGAGACAACACCGGCUUUCUCCAGAAAAAUCUCUCUCGGACCAACAGUCCGCUCCCUAUCUCCGACACAUCCUCUUUCAGUCCUCCGCCGCCUUCUUGAAAUCUUCGGCGCAGCUGGUUUUGGACCAAUCCAAUCCUGCGUUUUUUUGUCAGGUAAGCAACAAUUCCAACGGCGCUCUAGAAUUUCUUACUUCUUCGGAAGAAUGUGCCUCUUGCUUUGUUUUUUAUUUUGCCAACUUCGGAAUCAAGUAGAAGAAGCAAAUCACUGUGGAGGAGCACAAGGAUAUCCAGAUUAGCCACAAGCUGGUUGUAGCAACCACAACUGAGCGUAAUGUCAGUCACACUGAACACGAAUCUCGGAGAUAUCAAGUGCGAGAUCUUCUGCGAUGAGGUGCCCAAAACAGCUGAGAAUUUCUUGGCACUAUGUGGUAGUGGUUACUACGACGGAACCAUAUUUCACAGAAACAUCAAAGGUUUUAUGAUUCAAGGUGGUGAUCCUACAGGUACAGGCAAAGGAGGAACUAGUAUCUGGGGGAAGAAGUUCAAUGACGAGAUAAGAGAGUCCCUCAAGGUGCCUCUUUUCCAGCAUAACGCUAGGGGGAUGCUGGCAAUGGCUAAUAGCGGGCCUAAUACGAAUGGAAGCCAGUUCUUCAUCACCUAUGCAAAGCAGCCCCAUCUUAAUGGGUUGUAUACUAUAUUCGGCAAAGUAAUUCACGGAUUUGAAGUCCUUGAUAUAAUGGAAAAGACACAAACAGGGCAAGGGGACAAACCUCUAGCAGAGAUAAGGAUCAACCAUGUAACUAUACAUGCCAAUCCUCUGGCUGGAUAGUUGCACUCCAAGGAUGGCUGGAGAAUUCAAUAGUGAGGUUCUCGAAUGAUAUAACAUUCAUCCAUGUAGUUAACUGGGAAAGAGAAAACUGUAAACGUCUUUCAUUGAUGAAAGUGCACAAUUGAAUCAUUAGUCAGUUCUGAUGGCUCUAUUUUGUACCUUCCAUGGAGACAAACCGGCUUUGGCUGUUUGAAUGUGUACCUACCUACGUUUUGCUUAGUUAGUGUUCAAUGCUCCUUUCCCCCCCGGGAAAAUGGGAUGCUAAAAGGCGCCACCCCCGACACUUAAAUUAAUCGAUGUUAGGG